GUUUCGCGCACGGGCGGAUGCGCCGGUAAGGUUAAGUUCUCCCCGACGGCGACGAUUCGGGCUCGGAUUCGACGCGAACGGCGUUUCGGACGUGGGGGAGCGUCAUCGUCAACGGGGCACAACCGGGAUCCGGGAGAGAAGAAUCCACCGCUCGGUACUCACUUGUUUCCCCCGAAUGACGAUGACGAGCGCGGCGCCGGCCGCGGUGAGAGCCCACGUGAACAGGGUCCCGAGGAGCGCCUGGGUAAUCGGUACCUUUACUGAUGGAUGACGAUACGAUUGCUUUCGGGGAGGAAGAGGAGGCCGCCCAGAAUGCCAACAGGCUUAAACACCCGUACGUUACGCUGUUUCACUUGGCCUUCAGGAUAGCGGCUAUAAUAGUUUAUUUGUUUUGCGGUUUGUUUUCAAAUAGUUUUAUAGCGAGCUUUGUAACAGUGGUACUACUUUUAUCGAUGGAUUUUUGGACCGUUAAAAAUAUUACGGGAAGAUUAAUGGUCGGCCUUAGAUGGUGGAAUUAUGUGGAUGACGAUGGCAAAAGUCAUUGGAUCUUUGAGUCUCGAAAGGGUGUACAACAGAACCGUAUUAAUGCGACUGAGGCGCGAAUCUUUUGGUUGGCCCUGAUCUUAUGCCCACUUUUUUGGUCAAUGCUAUUCAUUGCGGCAUUAUUUGGUUUUAAAUUCAAGUGGCUUCUCCUCGUUUGCAUUGCCAUAGUUUUAAAUGGUGCGAAUCUGUAUGGCUAUAUUAAAUGUAAAAUGGGAAAUGAUCAAAACAUUUCAGCGGCCACAAGUGAUUUCAUCAGGAAACAAGUGUUGCAAAAUGUUACUUCCAUAAUGAGUAGGAGUCCACCAACGAAUAAUUCCACUCAACCAACUAAUGUAAUAUAGAUUUAUAAAUUUUGAAACAUUAAUGUAUGUGUGCGUGUAUCAUUGAAAAUUUAUAUUCACAUGAUAAUUUAAUAUUUGCAAAUGUUUGUACAUACAACGUUAGACAGUAUCUCUUAAGUAUUAUAUAAAAUAAACCGUUGUCAAUCUUCA